AUGAGCAGCUCAUCUAGCUAACUGAAAGAUUUUGAUAUUAUUAAAACUUUAGGAGAGGGAUCUUUUGCUAAAGUCUACAAGGUUGUUAGAAAAUCAGAUGGACAAUCUUAUGCUAUGAAGAGAUGCAAAAUAGGAUUAAUGAAAUAAAGAGAUAAAGAUAAUGCUCUCAAUGAAGUGCGCAUAUUAGCAAGUAUCAAAAAUCAAUAUGUAAUUGCUUACAAAGAAGCAAUCUACGAUGAAUAGUCUGAAUGUCUUUUUGUUAUUAUGGAAUAUGCUGCUGGAGGUGAUUUACACUAAUAAGUGAAAAGUUGCAUUAAAUCAAAAACCUACCUUGAUGAAAAUUAAAUAUGGAUUUGGACAAUUUAAAUGCUAUAUGGAUUGAAAGCUCUCCAUGAUUUAAAAAUUUUACACAGAGACUUAAAAUGUGCUAAUAUAUUUUUAGAUAGUAGAAGAAAUGCCAAGAUUGGAGACUUGAAUGUCUCUAAAAUAACUUAGGCAAAUUUGGCGAGAACUUAAGUUGGCACUCCUUACUAUACUUCACCUGAAGUUUGGAAAGACUAAAUGUAUAACAACAAAAGUGAUAUCUGGAGUCUUGGAUGUCUUAUAUAUGAACUCUGUGCCCAAAAACCUCCUUUCCUUGCAUCUGAUAUGCCUUCGCUUUUCAAGAAAAUUGGCAAGGGAAUUUAUGAAAGAAUUCCUUCAAGAUAUUCUAGUGAGUUGAGUAACCUUAUAAGCUAAUGUCUUAAUAUUAAUUAGAUCACAAGACCUGAUUGCGAUUAACUACUUAAUCUACCUAUUAUAAAGAAAAAAAUAGAAGAUUUAAAUAUAAAAUUAGAAACCUUUUCAAAAGAAGACUCUAAUGCUCAAGCAAUCAACUAAAAAUUAAGUGUACUUGAUUAAAUAAAGUUUCCUGCUAAUAAGAAAAAUCUUUAAGAAAGGUUACCUAAACCUUCGUACAAUACUAAUAGCUAAUAGGAGAUAAAAAAAUUUACUCCUAAUAACUAAAUAGGUACUUAUCAAACACCAACUUCAGAAGAAUUGAAAAAUAUGAGGAGAGUAAGAUCUAAUUCUGGAAUACAAUUGAAAUCUUAAAACUCUUAGCCUCAGCAAUAUCAAAGAUUUGAUUUACUGCUUGAAUAAGAAAUUCAGAGAAGAUUAAAUAAUCUAAAUUCAAGAGAAUACUUAUCCUAGCAGUCAUAACAAAAUAUCCCAUCAAGCUCUAAUUUGGAUUUAAGAAAAAGAAAAAUAUCUGAAGACUUCCAAAAUUACUAAUACAGAUAGCUCUUCUAGGAUAAUCAUUACAAUCUAAAUUAUAUUAACAAACCGACAUAAUUCGAAAGAAAAAGAAGCGAUAGACAUUCAUAUUAUGAAAGAAAUAGAGACUAAGAGAAUGAUAUCUAAUACAGUAAUAGAAUUAUUCCUCACAGAGAUAUUUAUAGUGCUAAGAAUCCUUUCAGUGGGGAUUCUAAAAACGCAAAUUAAUAUAUCAAAAAACCUUACUCAAUUAGAAAUGACAUUCCUCUUCCAUAUUCUUCUUUGAAUUCUAAUAAAGAAGCUUUAUAUUUUGGUGGAGCAAAAAGAGUAUAAACAGAAGUUAGAUCUCUUCUAAGUAAACAAUAUAGAUGA